UGUCUUUUCAGCUUUGCAUCAAAGUAUUAAGCAAUCUGGUAGCUUCGUCGACAACAAGUCUAAAAAAGUGGUUGAAAAUUAUAAAAUGGAGAUGAUUUCAAAGUAUGGAACUGAUCGGGAAAAUCAUCCUUCAUUUGAUGGAGCAGCUUGGUGUGUGGCUUCAGGAGGAGUUACAAAGGGUAGGGUAUAUGGUGCACCUCGUAUGCCAAAAUCAAAAGUUAGUACAAGCUCUUCAUCACAUUCCUACUCGGUGGAGUCAUCAUAUCCCAGUUCAUCGUAUCGAGCAUUGCAAAAGGAGAUAAAGGAUAAAGAAGAGGAGAUAAAGAAAAAAGAUGAUUUUAUUCUUGAAAUGAAACGACAGAUGGAUUCCAUGAAAGAAUAUCUUGUGAACAAUCUUGGAUACCAUGAUGGGACAUCAAAUAUUGAUCAAGGUAUGCCACCACCUUUGACUCCAUCAAUACCGCCACCUAUGGCUCCUCAGAUAAUGACACCUAUGGGUCCCGCAUCUCAACCAAUUUUUCGACCUACACCUCGACCUUUAUAUCCUGAUCAAUCUUGUGUUGAUCCACAAUAUCAUGGUUUGUCUUCGCAACCAGCACCAUGA